UCAGAGGAACUCCUUGAAGUAAGGAAAUGAACUGGUCAACAUUUUUCGGAACGCUUCCAUUGGCACGACUGUAAUUCGGAGAAAACCUUUAAUGGGAAAUGUUUAUAAUAGACCAAUAUAUUAUAGGCAGUGAGGAUUCGUUCCAACUUCCUACAUUGUCAUUGAGAAUUCACGCGAUUAUUGAACAAGCUUCUAAGUUCUGAUACAUUUGACACUUUUGCAAUCUGCACCAUCAGCUGCAGUAUCGCAAUCAGACGGUCAUGGCCGAGAGCUCUGUUACAAUACAACAUGAGGUUGAUCCAGCUACAGGGAACCUCAUAACUACAGUAACAGAGACAAUCUGUGCUACUCCUGUUUAUAAAGAUCUGCCCCAAGAUUGCCACAAGGCCGCCAUGUUUAACGUACCGCGUGAGAAAGACAAGCUUGUGAUAAAAGUUGGUGGUAAGGAAAAAGUUGUUGUCAACACCAUGCGCCUUUCAUGCCAAUCUGACACGUACCAAAAAGGCCACAGAUAUGGUGGAGUGGUAAUCUAUUUGUACAACGGCAAGUCAGAUUGGAGAACUGCCAACAACACUCACUGUUUGUCUGGCUAUAUAAUCAUUCAAGACACAGAUUCGAAAAAUGUUAAGCAAUGGAGAAGCGAGCCUGGUCAAGUUCACGGAGCUGUCUAUAGAAAUGCCUUCGGUGAAUCUGUGAACAACGCGAAAGUCGUUGGCGAAGGUUUUGCAUUUCUUGAAAAGUUUGAAAUGGUUUCAGGCGUUUUCAACAACCCGUCGGGCAGUGAAUUUCACGACAGUCGCAAAAGGAUGAAUGAAGCGUCUGUCCAUUGCCUGAGAAAGAUUGUCACGGAUUAUUGGAAGUACGGAGGUUCUUCCUACAUCGGACAUACUUUUAAAAUAAAAGAUUUACUCUUGGAUUUUAAGGACUAACUUUAAAGACAAUUUGGUAUCCAUGUGACUUUUUUCUGACAAUUGUUAUACCUAGUGUAUAGCCCCGCCAUAGAUAAACAUACGCAAUAACGAUGUUCAGUCAGAGACGCUGAUAAUUAUAUUAACACAUAUAAAUAGACUUAUAGUUGAACUUCAGUUCUUAAUUCGUAGUACUUCAAUCACUAUAUUUAUACCUCAAUUACUAUGUUUAGAGGACUGAUUUAGCA